AUGGCGCUAGCCACCAACUCGCCCGAGCAGCUCGCGGCGCACCUCCGCGUCACGCAGGGCCGCGUGCGCACGCGCUUCCCGCCCGAGCCGAACGGCUAUCUCCACGUCGGCCACGCCAAGUCCAUGCACAUGAACUUCUCGGAAGCCUUUGAGAAGCUCUGCGUGCCGCCCGCGCAGCGCGAGACCAUCUUCCGCUACGAUGACACGAACCCCGAGGCCGAGAGCUGCGAGUUCGUCGACGCCAUCGCCGCCAACGUGCGCUGGUUGGGCUACGCGCCCACGCGCGUCACGUACAGCAGUCAGUACUUUGAUACGCUCUACGACUUGGCGCAGCAGCUCAUCCGCAAGGGCAAAGCCUACGUGUGCCACCAGAGCAAAGCCGAGAUCGAAGCCUCGCGGCUCGUGCUGCAGCAAGUCCACGCGGCGUCGGGCGCUUCCCCCAAGACCGAGCAGGACGUCCCGGACGCGGGCAAGUCGCCGUUCCGCGCGCGGUCCGUGGCCGAGAACGUGGCGGCCUUUGAGCUCAUGCGGCGCGGCGGCUACGACGAAGGCGAAGCGUGUCUGCGCAUGAAGAUGGACCUCGGGAGCCCGAACCCCAACAUGUGGGACCACGUGGCCUACCGCAUCAAGUUUGUCCCGCACCCGCACGUGGGCAACGCGUGGUGCAUUUACCCCACGUACGACUACACGCACUGCAUUGUCGACGCGCUCGAGCACAUUGACUACUCGAUCUGCACGCUCGAGUUUGAAACGCGGCGCGAGUCGUACUACUGGCUGCUCCAUGCGCUCGACCUGUUCAAGCCCAACGUGUACGAGUUUGCGCGCCUCGCCAUGACGUACACGGUGCUGAGCAAGCGCAAGCUGCGCCAGCUCGUCCUGUCCAAGGCCGUGCGUGGCUGGGACGACCCGCGCAUGGGCACGCUCGACGGGCUGCGUCGUCGCGGCUUCACGCCCGAGAUCAUUAAGCAGUUUUGCAAGGAGAUUGGCGUGACGCGCGUCCAGUCGACGAUCCAGAUCGAGCGGCUGCACUCGGUGGCCCGGAACGUCCUCGGAGACUCGUCGAAGCGCGUGAUGGCCGUGCUGGACCCUGUCGAGCUGGUCAUUGAGAACUACAGCGAAGCACCUGAUGAGAGCGCGCUGUGUUUGCGCGUACCGGACUACCCACAGGACGUGGACCGCGACGGUGGGAAAGCGUACCAUAACGUGCAGUUGACUCGCACCGUUUUGCUGGACCGCAGCGACGUGCGCACGGAAGACGCGGACGACUUUUUCGGCGUCGCACCAAACAAACAGGUGCGGCUGAAGUACGCGUUCCCACUCACGUGCACAAAGCUCGAGACCGAUGCGAGUGGACGCGUGACAAAGGUGCUUGCUCAGAUGGACUGGACACAUGCAGCAAAGCCCAAGGGCGUGCUCUCGUGGGUGCCAGCGAAUAGUCCCGAGGUGGAAGUGCGUGUGUACUCCCAUCUGUUCACAGUCCCAGAGCUCCCGAGCGAUGUGGACGACUGGGAGUCGUUUGUGGACUCGAAGAACUCGGAGCGCGUGUUUCCUGCCGCGCGCAUCGACCCCGAGUCCCACGCCAGGAACUUGGACAGCAUUGUGCAGUUUGAGCGCAUUGGCUACUUCGUGCCGGACAAGGACUCGACCACCGAGAAGCUCGUGUUCAACCAGGUUGUAGCGCUCCGCGAGAGCGGCGGUGAGGCGGCCGGUAGUGCAGGCGCAUCCAGUGCGAAUGCCAGCCGCAAGGACGCGCAGAUGCAGCAGCUGGCGCUCAAGAUGGAGAAGAUGAAGCUGUCGCCGGCCGAUAUGUUCAAGAAGCAGCCAGAGCUGUACGCGCAAUUCGACGCCGAGGGGUUACCGACGCACAAUGCUGCAGGCGCUGAGUUGACCAAGAGCCAGCGCAAGAAGCUCAAGAAGGAGCAGGAGAAGCAGAAGAAGCUGCACGACGCCUACUUGGCCACGCAAAAGACCUCGUCGUCGAUUAGUGCGACGUGA